AUGCUGUGAAAUUAAAAGAGCAGAGGAUGAAUAUAAUGAGUUGGUAAAUACAUUUGACUUGAAUCUUAGUAGUAAUUAGAGUUUAAUUUCUGUAAAGUGUAUAGUUCUGGGCAGAGAAAAUGACCAUCUAAUGCGUAGGGAGUGGGCUAUUUGGUCCUUGAUGUAUACCCUUAGCAGAAUGUAUAAUUGUAUACAGAAAGUGGACACUUUUGGUCCUAAACCCUUGGGGUUCGUUUGGUACGCGAGAUAAGGUACAUGGUUGAUGGAGGAUAAAUUUAUACCAUCAAUCAAACAUGGUCUAAAUUUAAUCCCAGAUUUAAUACUGGAUAUACCACCUUAUCCCACCUUAUGCCAUCAAACUUGGAUCAUUUUAUCCCACCUCCUAGGUGGGAUAAAAUAGUCCGGGGAUUAUUAUCCCGGGAUAACUUAGUCCGCUUACCAAACGACCCCUUAAACUAAUGAUAGAUGUUAAAAAGGUAACAACGAGAGAAAAUUUUUAUUUCCAAUUUAGCAAAUAAUAAAAUUAAACAAAUGUGAUAAUCUGAUUUCCAGUUUUUUAUUUUUUAUUUUUUAUUUUUUAUUUUAUUUUAUUGUUUCAAGCAUUCGGUAUUCAAAAUUUACUAGCUUGGUUGAUACUUCCUAUCAAAGAGAACUUCAUAAUCAGAGCUCGAGCCAAAGAUCUCUAAUUAAUGAUAACGGACCCUUUACCAUUUCAAAGAAAUUGAGAUUAGUCGUUAGAUUCCAAAAAGUUCGGUUCCCAUACUUCUAAUCAGACUGUCUCUGUUGACUAAAUUCAAUCAGAAUUCAAUAAGACCAAUCAAAAUUUUCCAACUCAUCUGUAAGACUAAUUCCUCAAACUUUCUCAAAAACCACUACCUGGUCCACUUUAAUUGAUUUUUUGGCCUUUUUUUUUUUGUGGUCCACGGUAUUUAAGUUUUUCAGAUAUCAGGAAGGAAUUAAAUUUUUUUUUCCAAAGUUGCCCUUGGAGUAAAGAGUUUAGGAGUAUUUUUUAUAUUCCAAUAAACAAAUUAAGGUUAAUGUAGUCAAUUUUAUUGUUAAUUAAUGCUAAAAAAUAAAUUCUUUAAUAUGUGUAAAAAUAACAGAAAAAUCAAUUAAAGUGAACCGGAGAAAGUACAUCCAGGUGACCACUCCCCAAAGCCCUUGGCUUUCAUCAUUUAGUAUAAGCCCAAAAAUUUGUCAUCAACUUCUAUGCACUUUCUCUCUUUCUCUUCUCAAAUAACAAGAUCUCAUCAACUCUUCUUACUUCCAAGUCCACCCCAAUAUUUAUAUUCUCCCCUCCUUCCCUCAUCCUCAAAACCACCAAAUAUCUCUUAUAUUUCUCUUACUAAGUUAUUUUCAUUUCCUUGAAUCAAAUAUGAAGAAACUUUAUAGUAAAGGCACAGUUCAUCCAAUUACUACUCCACCUCUGGUAUUAUCGGACCAGCUUUCUUUGUUACCAGCUACAAUCUUGACACUAUUUUCAGCUUUACCUCAAGAAGAUAGACAAGUCUUGGCUUAUUUAGUUUCUUGUUAUUCUUCUAACAAUUUCUCCAACAAUCUUGGAAACUCUACUACUAAUAAGAAUAACAACAACUGCUGCUACUGUUUCAACUGCUACAUGAGUUACUGGAUAAAAUGGGAUUCUUCUCCUAAUCGUCAACUUAUUCAUGAGAUUAUAGAUGCUUUUGAAGAUAUGGGGUUGCAGAAGAAAAAAGGAAAGAGCAAGAAACAUAGGAGGAAUAAAAAUAGAGGAUCAUAUGAGGUUAAGGAAAACUCUGAAAUUUGUGAAUCUGAUUCUUUGGAGGGAAAUUCCAGCAGCUAUGAUAAUGGUGAUAGAGAAGAGGAAUUAGGAGAUGAGAAAGGGUCUGUGAGAAGGUUUGUGAGUUUUCUUGGGGAAAGCUUGUGGAGUAUUUGGAAUAUCUAAAAACAAUAACAACAAAGUAAUCCCACGAAAUGGGGUAUGAGGACGGUAAUGUGUACGCAUCCUUACUCAUACUUUGCCAAGGUAGAAAGACUGUUUCCAUAGACUCUCGGCUCAGGGGAAGCAUAGUCACGUCACUUUUUGAAAAGAAAUACUUUUAUAAGGUAAUUUUGAGAAUAUUUAGGUUGGUUUUGUUCAUUUUUACUUCUACUUAUCCCAUAGAAGUUUUGUUCAAUUUUCUUUGUUUUUCUUUGUCACUAUGUUUUAUUUUUUUCAUUUUUUGGGUUAUGUAAAAUACCCUUCAUGACAAUGUAAGAUAUAUGGUCUUUUUUGAAUGUUCACUUUCA